AUGAAUAUUAUUGUUGAUGAAACUAUACUUAUGCAUGAUCCAAAUGGGGAGGCAAUUGAAAUGGAUGAACCAAUGGAUUACGGAUUGUUUCCAGAGCAUCAUGAAUUAGAUGAAGAAUUUACAGAAGACGAGUAUGAAACUGAGAAUGAAUCUGAAGAGGAUGAUGAGGAGUUCGAAGAAGAAAUAGAUACAGACUACUCUAAUUUCUUAAAUCUACUAAAGGAAUUCUAUUGGGAUCCUUCCAUUGAUAGUCAAGUGAAGAUACAAUGGCGAAGGAAGGGAGCGAGAAGGUACGGUGAUUUCAUUUCUGUCUUAAAGAAAGAAGGAAAACGGCCAAAAUAUAUUUCAGAAGAAAUAUGGGAAAGUUGGAUGAGUAUUUGGAAGAAACUUGAGGUUAUUGAAAAGUCAAAAAUAAAUUACAAGAAAUCGGUUGUGGCGGUCAUAAUGCAGUUGCCAAAGGAACUCAACACGGGAGGCUCUAUUACCAUUGGAGAGCAUCGUAAGAGACUUGCUAUUAAAAAUGGUCACGAUCCAACACCAAGUGAGAUACAUUUGCAUGUCCAUGCACAUGGUAAUGAUGGAAAAUCUUUUGUUGGUGAACGAGCUCGAAUCGUGCAUUUUUUUCAGAUUUCAAUAUUUGGUGUUGAUCUGGAAUUCCGCUUUCGAUAUUUGAUGUUGGUUUGUUCAAAAUUUACUCACGUGAACUUUGUUUUGCACACGGGAGGGGAAAAUAAAAGAAGGAUAUAUGGUCUUGGAGCUCAAGAAAAAGUAUUUUAUGGACCAAAUUUUCGUGUCUCUUCUGGAUCUGAUGCUUCUGGCACAGUACCAUGUCCAAAUGCUCAAACAACACCGACAGAAAAUGUGGAUGAGUUAGUGGUGCGAAUGAUUCCUUCGCUAACUAAUCACUUGCUUCCUAUAUUUGUAGAGCAGAUACGUGGUUUGAUUUCUCCAGCCUCAUCUCAGCCAGACUCUCCUACCAACCAUCCAUCAACUAUUGCACCUGUAAUUCCUUUUCCAACUGCAACAAAUAUCGAUGAGGAUCGGGCAUCGGUUUCUGAGGAAUGA